AAUUAGUUCAGUUGGCGCGCGCUCGCCGUUCGGACUAGGCGUGUGUGUUAAACUCGUUAAUUUCACGAUCCACAUGUGUUUACGUGUUGUGAAGUGCAUAGUGCAGUGAAAUUCUUAAAGUUUCAUUGUGUCGUGAGAUGAAGUGUCCCAAGUAUCCGCGUGUAUGGGUAUGAGGAAGUUCAUGCGCACGCGGGGCGCUCAGCCACACGCGCUCACACAUCUUCAUCAUAACGGACAGACCGCCCUGCCGAAGACCAACGGCCAUGCCAAUGGCAUCAGCAACAACAUCGUACCGGUCAACGGGCGCCGCGAGGAGCCCCACUCGACUCUCUCCAGCAGGUACUGGAGCGGCUCUGAGGGUUCAGGGCGGGUCCUUGGCGAGGGCCUGUGGGAGGACCCCGAGUUCCCCGCGACCAGCACCUCUCUGGGCGACAAGAAGUUCUCCUCGAACGUUGUUUGGAUGAGACCUCAUGAGCUGUGCACGAGGCCUGCAUUCCGGGGCGAAGGUUUCAAUGAUGGAGUCACUGAAGACGAGAAUGAUGAUGACUUUGCUGCGAGAUGGAGUAUAGAGGUGGGUGCCGUCGGCGACAGCAGCUUAUGCUGUGCCGUUGCAGCCCUGGCGCUCACCCCUCGCCUUCUGGACCGGGUGAUACCGCCGCAGACCUUCAAGGUCCACUACAAUGGAUCUUUUAAGUUCAAUUUUUGGGUGUUCGGCGCGUGGCGCGAAGUCGCCGUUGACGACAGACUCCCGACGCGAGCUGGUCGUCUCAUAACUAGUCACAACGCAUUACCUGACGACUUCACCCUGCCGCUCCUGGAGAAGGCUUAUGCCAAGCUAUACGGUUCGUACGUAGCGCUCAGGGUGGGCAGCGUGUCGCGUGCACUCCAAGAUCUUUCAGGAGGUAUAGUGCAGAGUUUCUCCCUUGUCCAACAGCCGAAGGGCUUGACAGCACAAGUACUGAACUCGGCUGUUCCACGGUCAACGCUAUUGGUUGCUACGGUUGCGCAGGAAAAAGAAAGUGGCUGGCGACGUCUCCGCAACGGCUUGAUAUCAGGUCAAGCGUAUUGCGUGACAGGACUGGCCAGGGUUCGAAGUGCCAACACCGCUGAUGGAGAAGGAGCACUCGUGAGAGUGAGAGCUGUCAGUGGACUUGGAGAGUGGGCAGGACCCUGGGCUAGGGGCAGUGCUGAAUGGAGGGCUCUUGCAGAGGCAGACAGAGACUUGUUGGCGCGACGCGCUGACCGACCUGGGGACUUCUGGAUGUCGUUCCCAGACUUCGCCCGGGCCUUCACAACACUGGUCCUGGUACACGUGGGGCCGGACGAUUGGCUGGUAGAGCCUGCGUUACAUGGUAAGCGACCAUGGCGGGCUGUGCUUGCUAGACGUAGAUGGAGACGAGGAUACAACGCUGGAGGACCGCCCUCUUGCAUCGAAACUACAAGCACAAAUCCACAAUUCCACGUACAAAUACCUCGCACGGAAACCGGAGGCGCGAGGAAAUGUCACGUAGUAGUCUCCGUGACCCAGCAGUAUGGGACCAACAAGGCGGGGAAAUUACGGGCAAUAGGGUUCGCUGUGUACGAGAUCCCUGCAGGAGGGGGACCGCGGAGGGGAGCUCUGAGGGCUCUGGCUGGCUUGAGGGCUUUGGACGUCACACACGAGAGCAGGGCGCGCGAAGUAGCUACGUUCUUCACGCUACCUGCCGGGCAGUAUUUAGUUGUGCCACAUACGAGGCGUCCGCACACAGAAGCUGCUUUCCUACUGCGCAUAUUUACUGACGAACAGACCGAUGUGUGGGAAGUCAACGAUGAUAAUCUGAUCAUUCCAAACAUCGGAGCCGAGUUUCUGGACGACGACCAAAGUACAUCGCCGGAGCUGCAGAUGGCGAUCACUAAUCUGUUUGGAAAAAAGGACAUCGAAGAAGUUGACGCGCGGGCGCUGCGGGGGGCGGUGCGGCGCGCGAGCGGGGGUUGGCGCGCGGCGCGGGCGGCGUGCGGCGCGCUGGUGGCGGCGCGGGACGCAGGGGCGCGGGGUGGGGCGCGCGCGCGGGACGGGCCGCCGCUAGUAGCGCGCCUGCUGGCCUGGCGGGCCGCCUACACAGGGUUAGCGCCGAGCUGCAGCGCUGCCUCCUCGUACCGGCUGCGGGCGCUGCUGUGGGCGGCGGGGGUGGCGGCCUCCAACAAGGUGCUGGAGUGUCUGGUGAUGCGCUUCGCCAAAAAGAACACAAUAUCUUUGGAUGCCUACCUUAUAGCCUUGGCCAAACUACAUUUAGCACAUGAAAGGUUUCGAUGCUUAGAAGCUAAAUUAAAAUCGAACCCAAUAUCUUUGGAAGAGAUGAUCCUGAUGACCAUUUACUCGUGAUCCGGGACUCGUGUUGUUUGUUACUGUUAUAUUGUUAUAUUGUUACUGUUGAGUUUGUUGAAACAGUUUUCUACAUUUAUUUAUUUACUCACAGAUGAAGUUAUUCUGUAAAGAACGCCAUUAACAGAACUUGAAUUAGUCUCUUUCAUAAUUUAACUAGCUGACCCGGCACACUUCGUAGUGCCUCAAUCGAUAAAUAAAAGAUCUAAACUUUUGUAUAAAAUAAACUUAAAACAAACAAAAGGAAUCCGUCCGACGGGGAUACAUAAAAGGAAAAACAAAAUUGUUAUUUUUACUUAAUUCCGAGUAUCACAAAUUAUUCAAGACCAUAAUUAGCCAAAUCGGUCCGAGCUUUAGCGAGACUAACGAACAGCAAUUCAUUUUUAUAUAAUCUAGAUAUUCCAAAACAUGCGACCCUAAACUACCUUGGAGCUUACUGGCUGCAUUUCGGAUCGAACACCGACGCGCAGUGCCGGAAUCACGACCCAUUAAGUAACUGCGUCUUAUUGUAAGUCGUGACUCUGAGUACUUACUGUUUUAUCUCGCAGUCACCUGAGAUCACGGAACCCUGGAGUUCUUGGAUCAUUGAGUAAACAUAUGACGAAUAAAAUAUAUACACCUUUAAUAAAUAACUCGGUGGUGCAAUAGUUAGCAACCCUGACUGUGACGUCAAGGGUCGUGGGCUUAACGUGCGUGAGAUGAACAUGUUUGUUUACUCUGAGUGUUUAUUAUCUAUUUAAAUGUGUAUAUAUUAUCAUUAAAUGUGUAUAUCAGUCCCUGGUUUCUAUGGCACAGAGAAUCCUAACUGGGGGCCAGACGACCGUGUGAUUCGCUCCAGUGUGCUUAGUGCGAGUUUUCUAACGUUCUCGAUAGCGUAAAAGUUAACUCAAUUUUGUAUGCAGUUAGGUCAGCGACCCUAGAGGCAAACGUAGGCAAACUUUCUAACUACAUACAAAUUUGAAUUAACUUUUACGCUAUAAAAGCUGUAACUUAGCACACUGAUUAUUUAUUAAAGUUGCCGAGCUGUUUUAGGGUUGGUGUUUUUGACAACCAUUUUAUUGUUGUUGUAUUGUACUUACCAUUGUAUUUACUGAAUCUACACGCGUCACUGGAUCGUCUUAAUGCAAUACAACAAGUUCUGUUAAUGCUGUUUUUUUUAAAAACUUCAAUCAAAAAGUUGUAUUAUUUUUAUGUUAUAUAUUGAUCGUCCAUCGGUUCGUUGCGCAUUGAGAACUCGACGAGUCGAGCGAGCAGCUAAUGUUUUGUUUAAAUACUAUUACUACUAAUAUAGAUACUAUACUAGUAUAGAUAUAGUAUUGUUAUCGAUUUUUAUAAAGUUGAGUAAAGCGCGCCAUUCAUGAAUCGUGUACUUUAGGAUCUCGAGCCGCGCCCGAGCAAGGCAACCGAGCAUCACUCUGUUAUGUCCUCAAAAUAUGUAAUGACAAACUUUUCAUAAGUAUUUUGAUGUACUGUAAUAAAGUAUCAGAGAACAUUAUGUCAUCUCUGCAUGAAUAUAACACACUAUACCGUCUUUACCAUAAGGGCACACGGGGCCCGUGCCCAGGGCCCUCAUUCUCAGGGGGCCCCGAAAGACCGACAAUUUCUCUCACACGUUUAUUCUCAAAACAUUUUUGUCGGGCACAUUACACUUUUUUCACAAAUCAGUAACCAGAAGGUAUUUACAAGGCAUAUACUGUGCCUAUAAUAGAAGAUUUUGCUCAACAGAAAUCCCGAAAGAAACCGUUAUCGAAAUCGUAACCAAAAAACUAGCAGCAUUCUAAUAUCAUUAAUGACAUAUUAUAUCAUACUGUAUUUGCUUACCUAUAAUAAAUGGUCUCAAACUCAGUAAAAAAAUGUUAUUAUAAUUCGCUUUUUUUACUUUCCAAAAGGGCCUCAAAUUCUUGUGUGCCCAAGGGCUUUAUCCUAGUUUAAGACGUCCCUGAUAGCACACUACGUCCGUGUCCGAGCUGCGAGUCCCUGAAUGGCCCGCUUUACGCGCGUCAACCAAAGAAUGUUAUAAUCGCACUUAAUUAAGAUUUAUUAUUAUAUCGUUUCAUUUUAUCAAAACUAUAUUAUUAUGUAUCACAUUAUAGUUAAUUGAGAGCACCUUUACUAGCGAUAGAAACUCGAUACGAAAAAUCAAGUGAAAAUAGAGACAAUAUUUAUUUUUAUAGAUUCAUUUGAGAUGAUUUUGUAAUUUUAUUUGCGCAAUUGACUUUGUACUACCCACAAGUUUGAGCUGAGUGUUCAUUCCUGUCUGGUACCGUGCGUUCUAACACACUUCUUCUUAGAGACUAGUUUUUUCUAAAUGAUUAGUGCGAAUCUAAUAUAUUUGAUAAAUAGUACAAAUAAUUUAUAAUAUACAGUGUCUCGGUCACCAGUGUGCUUAGUGCGAGUUUUUUAACGUUCUCGAUAGCGUAAAAGUUAACCCAAAUUUAUAUGCAAUUGGAACAGCGCCCCUAGCGGCAAAGGUACGCAAUCGAUCCCAUUCCAUACAAAUAUAAGUUAACUUUUACGCUAUCGAGAACGUUAAAAAACUCGCACUAAGCACACUGUACUUAUAAUAUAAGCCUUAACUCAGAUCCGUUGCCUAGCAACUAAUUGUAAAUUGUAAACAGAUAAUUUGUACAAAAAUCUAAUGCUGCACAGGCAGUGUGACAACGUCCGGGAUUAUUCGGACUUUUAAGGUGUAGUUCCAGUCCCAUUUUUCAAGGCCCUUUGUUCAUAAAAGCUCAAAAUUUAAGUUGUUUUUGAAUAAUUUAAACUACUUAUACGGCUUAAUCUCUUUUAUUAUCAUAAUAUUAUUUUUGUCUCCGACACUCUGUACUUAGUUACGUUACCGUGGUCGCGACGCGAGUGGUCUGCGACCGUAAACCGUGAAACUAGAUUCAAUUAUGUGUACAACUCGUGGAAACCGAAGGUUAUAUAAAUUUUUAAUACUUCUAUAAUAAAUAUAUAGAUCGGUUAGUUGCUACGCGACGUACCUUCCAUAUCACGGAUUGGACUCCAAAAACAGUCGUCGGCAUGUCUAUUAAUGUAUAAGCAGGUUUUAUUUAUUCGUGUUAAUAUUAACCUUGUCCUGUACGAAUUAAGGCUUAUAAUGAUUUGUUGCAACUAUCCUUUAAUCUGAGAAAGUUUACCGGUGCAUUGUGUUUGUACAGAAGUUAAAUAUUCCAAUUUUCAAUGUCAUUGACAAUAAUAGUUUUAUAAUCAGUUACAGAAGAAAAUGUUCUGUGGACCACGGCUUAGCCGUCAGCUUGAGCACGAUGCACUGGGCAGUUGGUGAAUUGGUGCUAAGAUAUCUACCUAACUGAACUUAGUCAAUAUUUGCAGUAAGGUUUAGGAAAAAGAAACUACCCCAUUUAUAACAUGAAAUAUGUAUAUAUUUAUCUUAAAUUAACUUAUUGUCUAUGAAAUUUUAUUUUACUUUUUAAUAAUGGCUAAACAAUUACAAGAGAAGUAAACUUAAAUUUAGGUAAAUUAAACAAUAAUAUUUUAAAUUUAAUAAAAAUGAAUUGAAUACCGAAA